AGUAUACUCACAGACAUGGAACACACAGGACAUUACCUGCAUCUUGCCUUUCUGAUGACAACAGUUUUUUCUUUGUCUCCUGGAACAAAAGCAAACUAUGCCCAUCUGUGGGCUAAUAAUACUACCGUCUUGGAUCCAGAUAUUCAAAAUAAGACGGGCAGAAGCCAAAAUGAAAACAUUAACACAAACCCUACAACUCCUGAAGUAGAUAAAAAAGUUAUUUCUACAAAAAUGCCUGAAAUAGCAACAUCAUCUCACAUCGCGUCUUUAACUCCUAAAUCUGAACUGGAGCUUUAUGUAUCUUCCGUCGUCAGGAACAGUUCUCCAACAGUACAUAGCAUUGAAAACACAAGCAAAAGUCACAGUGAAAUUUUCAAAAAAGGUGUCUGUGAGGAAAACAACAACAAAAUGGCUAUGCUAGUUUGCUUAAUUAUAAUUGUGGUGCUUUUUCUUAUCUGUACAAUUUUAUUUCUAUCAACUGUGGUUCUGGCAAACAAAGUCUCAUCUCUCAGACGAUCAAAACAAGUAGGCAAGCGUCAGCCUAGAAGCAAUGGCGAUUUUCUGGCAAGCAGUGGUCUAUGGCCUGCUGAAUCAGACACUUGGAAAAGAGCAAAACAGCUCACAGGGCCUAGCCUAAUGAUGCAAUCUACUGGAGUGCUCACAGCUAUGAGGGAAAGAAAAGAUGAAGAAGGAACUGAAAAACUCACCAACUAACGGAUGCUUUAGUGAAGAAAAAUGCAAAGUAGCAAUGAGAAAGUUUCUGGAGUAAAAAUGAAGUCAGUUUGAUAUUUAAUGCCAAGGUGUUGUUCUGAUGGUCUAAAAUUUAACAUGGCAGGCUGUGCAAUUUAGAAUCAAGCAGGUGAGAAGGGGAGACGUAUGCCUGCUUACUUAAUUACUUAAACUGUGUCUGACACUAUUUUAAAAAGCAAAAAUAAAACAACCAAGCAUCUGAGGAAGGUUUUAAAGACAAGCUGAAGGAACUGACUAAUAGAGGUAGAAAGGGACAAUUA